AUGAUCAAUGUUGUCAUUUUAAAAUUAGAAAGAUCUAAAAUCGACCUUGCCCCAAUAACAUCUUUAGUUAAAGCACAAGAUUUUGCCUUGGUUAAUAGUCUCGAAGAAAUAAUACGAACAUUUCAAAUGAAAACUACUUUCCUUGGAUGCCCAUAUGCCUCCACCAAUUCAAAAAGGAAUGCAUUCACUCUAUUUUGUCAAGAUAUUUCGAUUACAAUCUGUAACGUCGACCAUCUCGAAAACCAAACAAGUGCAUUUGAUACAAUUGUUGCUGAUAAAGGAUUUCGUGAAUUAAAAGCAUUUUAUAAUAACAUGUGUGUUAUUGAAGCAGGUCGUAAAAAUACAAAAUAUAACAAACAACAAGAAAAAAUCCAAAAAUCAAUCAGGAUUAUUAUCGAAAAUGUAUUUGCUAGAAUUAAAAGAUUUUCAAUUACAAGCAAUACUUAG